AUGCCACCCAAAUAUUGGAAGCCCGCGAACUCGGAUGUUCGAAAAAUGAGUCCGAAUGGGUUGAGAAUUCGCAAGAAGAAUUUUGCAACGACCAGAAUUCAUAUUACUCCGUUUAUGGGAGAAUUGGCGAGACGGAGAAGGAAGUUGGAUAGGUUCGAGUUGUUCUUGCAUGGAACUUUGGGUAUUUGGAAGAUGGAGCACAUUUGCAUCGGCUCAUCACACGAAUGGAAGGUGUCUAUAAUUCCACGUGGCCAGAAUACAAAACCAUCGGGAGUUAGCUCAAUUCCACCGUUCACUAUUGAUGGCAAGGCAGAUGAGAGAUUCAAUAAGUUUUAUAGAACCAUCGACAAAGUGAUCAACAAACUGGACUUGACCAAUAGUGGAGAUUUACACGUGAGAGAAGGAGAACCACAGAUUCGUUUGGAGGGAUCCACCAAAGAUCUAUCGGUUGAGUCAUCGGCUCGUGUGGUCUCCAGAACUACCAUAGGUCCAGGAGUCACAAAUAAAGUCAGUGUGAUCCCAUUCCGCCCGUUACGGUUUACGCCACCUCCUUCGUCUUCUUCUGCGUCCUCAAACCGUAUCGAACAACCUGGACCACCUGGGAUCUCCCCUGGACCAUCGCCCGGACAAUGUGGCAUUGCUCCAGACUUCACCCCGUGUGUCUCUAAUGAAAUCGCCAGUAAAUCGUUGCUAGAAUGUUGUAAACGAAAAAAUCUACCCGCCGGAUGUCAACAGUUGUGUAGAUAUGAUAUUACGCAGGCGGAGAUACGCGCCGCCAUGGACCGUGGUCAGUGUGGAAUAUUCAACGUGGCACCGUUCCUCGAGUGUGCCUCACAGGGAAAAGAUAACUCGGAGUGCUGUCGACACAGAGGCAUUGUUCAGAAGACUGGUCCACAAUGUGAGCAAUUUUGUCGUCCCGCACAAGGACUAUCAGCUCUGGGCGUUCAACAUAUCGUAUGUGGAAACGCCGUUGGCGAUAUGCUUCAUUGCCAUCAUUCUGGUGUUCGAAUUUAA